CAGAGUGCCCAAGGCCGCCACCGCCACUGUCCGCCAGGGCGGGUAUAUAGGGCGGGUCAGGCGCCUCACCCACCACAGUACGGUCCCCGUCGACGCAUACACACACACGCACCAUGUGGACUCUGGUUGUUUUGGCAGUGUUGGGCGUGGCCUCGGCUGUCCCUAGCGUAAGGGACACACCAGAGGUGGCGGCAGAGAAAGCUCGCUUCUUUGCUUCUUACCGAGCUGCUCAGGCCGCCGCCAAGCCACAGUACAAUGCCAUCCCCCAACAGGCCUACAACACCGGUCACUACAACCACGGGCAAUACAACCAAGGACAAUACCAUCACGGCUCCUACCAACCCAAGUGGACCGGUCCCGUGGCUGCCACCGUCCCUGCCGGCGUCGAUGGCAGAAUUACCCCCGUGUCUGACACCCAGGAAGUAGCUGCUGCCCGCAACGCUUUCUUCAACACCUACCAGGCUCAGGUUGCUGCUACUCUUGGUGCUGGCACCAGCCCUCACUUUCAUGCUUCUCCCUCACACACUCCCUCCUACACCCCAUCCUACACCCACCAGCCCAAGUGGACUGGCCCCUUGGCUGCCACCGUCCCAGCUGGGCUCCCAGGCUCCACCAACCAGGUUGCUGACACCCCCGAGGUGGCCGCCGCCAAGCAAGCGUUCUUCAACACCUACCAGAGGCAGGCAGCAGCAGCGGCUCCCCCGACACGCUACUACUGAACCCUACUGUCAUAAUUAGCUUAAUUACCACAAAAUUGAUGUAGAGAUAUUAAUCGAAAUUAAAAAGAUAUUUUAAAAGCUUA